GUAGGCUGUCAUUUACGUAAUAUAGCUAGGCAAGAACAUAAAAUCUAAGGAUUUUCCCCAGGAGCCUUUGGAUUUAUAGGCAUGACUUUUGUAAACAUCCUCGGGAAUUAAAGUUAAAAUGUCUGGAGAAUUUGCUGACACUAAUUACGAAGGCUCAGCAGGGAUAGUCUAUGCUGCAAGUGUCAACUUAAGCUGCAUUUUCAACACGACCAACAGCUCGUACUGCGACUACUUCCACCUGUCAGAAUUGGAAAGAACAUAUUUUGUGGGAGAUGGUGCCGCUGUAGUGAGGAUUAUCAUCUCUGUCAUCUACUCGCUGGUUUGCGCGCUGGGUCUGGUUGGGAACUUACUAGUCCUGUACCUAAUGAAGUCGAAACAUGUGUGGAAAAAAUCUUCCAUCAACCUUUUCGUAACUAGUUUGGCUGUGACUGACUUCCAGUUCGUCCUGACUCUGCCGUUCUGGGCAGUGGAAAACGCGCUGGACUUUACGUGGCCUUUCGGCAAAGCAAUGUGCAAGAUAGUUUCCUAUGUGACAGCUAUGAACAUGUAUGCCAGCGUGUUUUUCCUGACUGCCAUGAGCGUGGCCAGGUACUGGUCGCUCGCCUCUGCGCUCAAGGGCAGGCGGCGGCGGCCACACUGCUGCUCCGCGCGCUGCAUCACCGUCUUCAUCUGGUUCGCCGCUGUCUCCGCAGCUCUGCCGCACGCAGUUUUCUCCACAACCGUCAUGGUUUCCAAUGAGGACCUGUGCCUUGUCAAAUUCCCGGAAACCAACGGAACCGCGCAGUUCUGGCUGGGACUUUACCAUUCUCAGAAAGUGCUGCUGGGUUUCGUGGUGCCGCUGGGCAUAAUCUCAGCCUGCUACCUGCUCCUUUUGCGCUUCAUCACCUCCAAAAACAUCAACACAUCGAGCGCCAAACGACGCGCCAAAGUCACCAAGUCUGUCACCAUCGUGGUGUUAUCCUUUUUCCUCUGCUGGCUGCCCAACCAGGCGCUGACAGCCUGGGGCAUUCUCAUCAAACUGAACGUGGUUCAUUUCAGUUAUGAGUACUACACCACGCAGGUGUACGUCUUCCCCGUGUCCGUGUGCCUGGCGCACUCCAAUAGCUGCCUGAACCCCAUCCUGUACUGCCUGAUGAGGAGAGAGUUCAGGAAAGCGCUGAAAAAACUCUUCUGGCGGAUGACUUCGCCGACAAUAAGGCCGAUCACAGCCACCACAAAGCAGGAGAUGAACGAGCAAGGGCACGUCUUGGUCCCCGUCAGUGCGCCCGAGGAGCCCGCUGUGGUGUUUUAUCCUCCGGGGGUUGUUAUGUACAAUGACAGAGAGCUGCCCCAAAACAGCAAUUAGACUAAAGUGCCACAAGGACAGGGUUAUUAAAUCAAUUUUGAUUGUAAUUUGCAUCUAUGUUAAUUAGGCUACUCCAUUUCUCGCCUUGCAGCUGUCAGGAAAGUUGGAUCUGCAUGAUUCAAAAGGAGAGACAUGUGAGAAAACUUCGGCCAAUUAUGAUAAAAGAGUAAAGGACAUUUCUCUUGUGCACAAAGAAAGAAGAGAUAGGCUUACCUUAUUUUGAAUGUUUCUGAAUUAUUCUAUCCAGAAAUGUAAAAAAUAUAUAUAUUUGAAUGUGUAAGUAAAGUGUAUCUAUAUGUGAGACACUCGCUGGUCCUUCUUUGUGUGCAGAAAACACCCCGGUGCUCUUGUGGUGGAUGUCAGUGAAGAUGAAUAAUGUCGAAAUAGUUUUUAGCACCACAACAUCUUACCUUGGAAUCAUAAAAAUGAUUCCAAUGAGUUCCACACAGUGAGGUAAAACUUAAAUUUGGGGGAAAGAGAGUAUCGAUAUUGGCUGAUAAACUGAGCUGUGGCGUCAGAAUCUGCCUCAGAAGAGAAAAAGGUGGAUUGAUGAAUAUUGAGAGGGCAUCAUGUGUCAUAAAUCUAUAUGCUCAUCAUACACUCCAUUCUUUAAAUAACUUUUUAAAGCAUUUACAUGACUACAUUCAUGACUAAUACAUAAAAAAGUUAUCAAGCUAUUGGGGAAAAUAAAUUCAUUCUUUUUUUUAAAUCCACUUAAACAGCUCAAUCCUUUUCAUUUGCUUACUCUAAUAACCAAUGAAAGUGUCAUAAGAACUUUUCAUCAAAACUACCUUAAUCUCAAAGUCCUUUAUUUCUCCUGACAUUUGCCAUUAAUACACAAAAAACUGCAAAUGCAUACUAUCUUUUAAAUGUCAAGUUGGGUGCAGUGUUCAGUGACCGCACUUUAGAUAUAUUUAAUGGGUCAUUUCACAACCCGCACAAAAAGAUUUUUUAAAAAUCUAUUCCUAUAAAAAAAACAUUGAACACAUUGAUUUAAUGGAUACAUUU